UCGGAAUGGUUUAAUGUGUUAACAUUUGUUUGCAUCCAAAAUAUAAUCCAGCUGUUUUGGGAGAUUAUUUCAUGGCUAGGGACAUCGGAUUCGAGAACUCGGCGGGGCCGGAAAAGCAUCAGGCGGUGGCUCUGAGGGUCGGCGCCGACAAGUCAAUCUUCUACAACUGCAAGAUGGACGGGUACCAGGACACCCUCUACGCGCACACGUACCGCCAGUUCUACCGCAACUGCGAGAUCUCCGGCACCAUCGAUUUCAUCUUCGGCGACAGCGCCGCCGUGCUCCAGAACUGCACCAUCGUCGUCCGGAAACCGCUGGAGAAUCAGCAGAACAUCGUGACGGCUCAGGGCCGGAAGGACCCGCACCAGCCGACCGGGCUCGUCCUGCAGAACUGCACCAUAGUGGCGGACCCGGCCUACUUCCCUCGCCGGUUCGCCCUCAAAUCGUACCUCGGCCGGCCGUGGAAGGAGUUCUCGAGGACCGUGAUUAUGGAAUCGUACAUCCCCGAUUUCAUUCAGCCGGAGGGGUGGUUGCCGUGGAGCGAGGAUUUCGGGCUGGAAACCCUAUUCUACACGGAGUUCAACAACAGAGGACCCGGAUCCUCGAAGGAGAACCGGGUCGAUUGGGUCGGAAUCAAGGAGCUGCCGAAGAAACAGAUCAAGCGGUUCACCGCCGGGAAAUUCAUCUCCGGGAACAGCUGGAUCCGAGAAUCCGGCGUGCCUUAUAACCACGGCCUCAUUUACUCGGCGCCGAAGAAAGAUAAAUCGGUGAAGUACUCGGACGUGGACGACGACGAUUUCAAAGAUCUGGGCAAAAACGACAAGGAGGCUUAUGUUUUCCGCCGCCCCCCUCCGUCGGCAAUUAGUGCUUCUCCCUUCCCGGCUCCAACUCCGUCGCCGACUCCGUCGCCAGCUCCGACGUCAUAUUACGAGACUCUUGUAGAAGCGCCGAUUCCGAUGAAUGCUUGGAUUUAGGAUCUAACCGCCGCCGCCCACUGGCUAAAAAUUGAAGCCAGCUUUUUUCUUCUUUUGCUUUAUUUUUCUCUGUAAAUGUUAACACCAUAUUUUUAGAUCGGCGUCGAGUUCCGUUGGCAAAGACGGUGGCACGGUACUGUUAAUUGAGUGUCAAU